UCAGUUACGUACGCUGGGAGUUCACUAGUGUUAGUAGUUUAGCGGAAGGAAGGAAAGGAGCCGACAAGUGGGUUCAUUACGCAGUGUUACUUAGGCAAAGCUCUGACUGUUUUUAAACCCCCACUGCGCUUUCCGUAACAUAUUUGGGGUUUUCGAUUAAGCUUUUUUUCAACCGGUGCGUCGUUCGGUACAGUUUGUUUGAGACGAUAUGUAGUGAGUGGGUAAUGAGCUAGUUGUCAACGACAACAAAGCGAGCUAUUCGGCGUGCUAAAGCUAGCAUGCUAAGCACAAACUACUAAAGGAGUUGUGUCAUAUGUAUGCUGUGUGACUGAUAUAGUUUACGUUAUAAAGUGGUGUUUCUCGCUUCAACUGGGUGAUUUAUGGCCUCGGAUGUGAUAGAAAGUGAAGCGGCUCUGAAGGGUGGAAAUGACAUGAAUUUGAACAAUAGUCGUCCAGAUUUUGGCACACCCAGGCGGACGUCCAGCCCGUCGUCUUCUGGGGUGUCUGGAGAAGUUGAAGAGGAGGAACUGGACGAACUGCAACACAGCACAGCGUCCACAGUGGAAAAUGGCGAGGAGGCACUUGAGGAGAGUCUAACCAAAACAAACAGCUCACAGGAAAGGACGACUGUUGACAAUAGACAGAAAUCUGAUGCUGCACCUGAACCCAUUGGAAGCCUGGAGCGCCAGGAAUCAGUCGCCACGACAGAGGCCCGAUUAAGGAUGGAAGGAGUUGAGCUUAAGGAAGAGUGGCAGGAUGAAGACUUUCCACGGCCUCUGCCUGAGGAAGAGGAGCUUGAUGAAGAGUUAUUUGCUGGUGCCUCUGAAGAGGGAGACGCUGGCUAUGCAGUGAACCAUGGCAAGAAGGAGAAGAAGAAGCUCACGGCUCCGGACAUUAGUCUCACUCUCGACCGCAGUGAAGGUUCCAUUCUUUCUGAUGAGUUGGAUGAAAGUACAGAGUUAGAUUUGGAUGACAUGGACACACCUUCUGACAACAGCAAUGAGUUUGAAUGGGAAGAUGAUCUCCCCAAGCCCAAAUCUACAGAACUACUAGAGAAGGGCGUAGAGUCAGUCCAGCAGUACUCUGCUUCAGAGGAAAGGGAGGAGGGCAGACGCUGGCGGGUGUUUCGCAUCGGAGACCAGGAGCACAGGGUAGACAUGACGGCCAUUGAGCCCUACAAGCGGGUUAUAAGCCAUGGAGGUUACUACGGAGAUGGCUUGAAUGCCAUAAUUGUUUUUGCCGUGUGCUUCAUGCCUGAGAGCAGUCAACCAAAUUACAGAUACAUCAUGGACAAUUUAUUCAAGUAUGUCAUCGGCACACUGGAGCUUUUGGUGGCAGAGAACUACAUGAUUGUCUAUCUCAAUGGGGCAACCUCUCGGAAAAAGAUGCCAACCGUCGGCUGGCUCCGAAAGUGUUAUCAGCAGAUUGACAGGAGGUUAAGGAAGAACCUAAAGUCAUUGAUAAUUGUCCAUCCCUCUUGGUUCAUUCGCACCGUGUUGGCACUCACAAAGCCUUUCAUCAGCUCCAAAUUUAGUCAGAAAAUCAAAUACGUGUACAGCCUGACAGACCUUGCAGAGUUGGUUCCAAUGGAGUAUGUGUCCAUACCAGAUUGUAUCAAGCUGUUUGACGAGGAAAAAAAUAGGAAAAGCCGUAAAAGGAUUACAAUGGGAUUUUUUUGAUAUUUGGAUUGACCAGGGUGUGCAUGGAAAAGUAGAGACGGCCGCCGCUGCCAUCCCCGAGUGACCUCUGAGAAAUGGAGCAAGAGAACGAUGAAUGUUUAAACCGCUGCCACUUUUUUUGUUUCUUGUGUGUUUUUGGGUGAUGUGACUGGAAAAGUGCCUUGUUGAACCCAUGCUGCCUGUUACAUAUUGUGGAACAUUUUUACUUCUUGUGGCAAACUUCUUCUCCACACAGAGAGAGGUUCUUAAUCCUUUUAUUUACUGCCCCUCUAUCAUGUAAGAAUGAGCUUGUUUCCUUGUUACUGUUGAAGGCACUCUGUUACAGAUCAAUGAUUGAUGCAUGUACUGCUUUAUUACAUUUAGAUAUUUAUAUUCAAAAGGUGACAAAAGUAAUAUAUUUUUAUGGUUGCUCUUGAUUUUAAAAAUGCAUUUUAGGUCUCUGACCCCACCUUUAUUUUAUUGUCCUGGGAAAAGUGUUUUUUUUUUCAUGUGGCAGGACAACACUUUCACAAUCGGCAAAUCAAAAAGUGUUUCGGU